UCUCUUUAGAUUUUUUUACUGGCCUCGCCUUUAUCGCCAAAUACCCAGUUUCACUCUCCCUCUGAUUUGAUUUGACACUUUUUUUUUUAUUUUAUUUUAAAUUUUCCCUAUUAGCAUGUAUGCUAUCAUCUCUCUCUGAUUUGAUUUCACUCUCCCUCACCCCACCCCAUUUCUUCUUUCCCAUAUUUUCGAAUUAAAAUAUCUAAAAAAAUUGUUUUUUAAAAUUUUAUUUAAUUGGGGUGGUGAGGAAAAAAAAAUUGAUUCCUGGUAUCGUCGAAAAUGCGGUGGGAAAAGCUUGAGGUGAAGGCGAUAGGCACAGAGGGUGGAGGAGAGGUGUAUGGGCCAGGGAAGCGGUGGGGACACACCUGCAACGCCGUCAAAGGUGGCAGACUCGUCUAUGUCUUUGGCGGUUACGGCAAAGAUAACUGUCAGACCAACCAAGUUCAUGUCUUCGACACUGUGAAGCAGACAUGGAGCCAACCCGCUGUAAAAGGCUCCCCACCUACACCAAGGGACAGCCAUACUUGCACAGCCAUUGGUGAUAAUCUGUUUGUGUUUGGGGGCACAGAUGGAAUGAAUCCUCUGAAGGAUUUGCAUAUAUUAGACACUUCUUCACAUACAUGGAUUUGUCCAACCAUAAGAGGAGAAGGGCCUCAGGCACGAGAGGGUCAUAGUGCAGCAGUUGUUGGCAAACGGCUAUUCAUCUUUGGUGGUUGUGGAAAAUCUGCAGAUAAUAAUAAUGAGGUCUACUACAAUGAUCUUUACAUAUUAAAUACAGAGACAUUUGUUUGGAAGUGUGCUACAACAUCAGGCUCUCCACCAUCUCCUCGUGAUAGCCAUACUUGUUCAUCUUGGAAAAGUAAAAUUAUUGUGAUAGGCGGUGAAGAUGGGCAUGAUUAUUAUUUGUCUGAUGUCCAUAUCCUUGAUACUGAUACUCUAAUUUGGAGGGAGCUGAGUACAUCAGGCCAAUUAUUGCCACCCCGGGCUGGUCACUCCACUAUUUCUUUUGGCAAGAACUUGUUUGUUUUUGGUGGAUUUACAGAUGCGCAAAAUCUAUAUAAUGACCUUUAUAUGCUCGAUAUUGAUACCGGUGUUUGGACAAAUGUUACAACUGCAACCAAUGGUCCUUCUGCUAGAUUUUCUGUGGCUGGUGACUGUUUAGAUCCUUUUAAGGGUGGUGUUCUUGUAUUCAUUGGUGGUUGUAAUAAAAGUCUUGAGGCCCUGGAUGAUAUGUAUUACCUAUAUACAGGGAUUGCUCGGGAAAGUGAGCAGAGGCCAGAGAAGUUAUCUUUAAGGAAGCAAUUGAAACUGAAAUGCCAAGAACAAAAUCUUAAUCCUAGCCAAAAUCAAGUUCUAGUUAGAUAUGGAGUGGGUUCUGAUAUGGGCCAGAUCAUGACAGUAUUGAAUUAUAGCCAGCCAAGUAGACCAAAUAUCCCAGUAAACCAGUCCCUACCUUCUGGAAAGAAAAUGUUUGAAGCCAAGGUCACUGAAAACAUUUCAGAAGGAUAUACUAUUGAAACUGUUAUUGAUGGAAAGCCUCUUCGUGGAAUUCUGUUUGUAAACAAGCCAAACUCUCUGUACUCAGCUGCUCAUACUUCCAGUAGGAAAAGGACUGCUGGUGAAAUUGAUAAUGUUGUCUCAAAUGGUAUGCAUCCUAACCAAUUAAGGACUCCGAAAGUGCUCAAGCAGAAUCAAAUGGAAAAUAGGGAAGCAUUUCGUGGAGACAGUUCUGAAUCUCAUGAACACCGCACUGAAUCUGUUGCUGUGCUUAUGGCAACUGACCCAACGACUGCCAAUGUUUCUGAUAUCCAUAAGGCUGAGAUUGGUCCAUACUCAAUAGAAUUAUUGUGUGAAAAAAUCGACCGAGUGAUUCAGGUUUCUGCCAACCCUGAACCAGAAGCUGCUGCUCUGAAUCGAAAUGAUGAAAAACAUGAAACACCCCAAUCCUUAAGCGGAAACUUAAUAAAUGACGCGACAAGUUCCAAAGCUGAGGUGCAAACAAAUAUGCUAAUUUCCAAUUUUGAAGUUCCAAGACAUGAUAUAAAAAGUGAUGCCCCAAACUACAACACUGAAUUUCCGAAACCUUCUGCAGCUGAGAGUGCUACGUGUCUAUCAAAUCAAGGUGCAGUGGCGGAUUCCACAACUCCAACGACAAGAGAAUGCGGUGGACCAGCAAAAAUAAUUUGAACUCGGGAGAUAAUGGCUGAUGGUGAUAACUUUGUCUGCAAGGCAUUUGUACAUUCCUCUUCCCAAGGUGAUCAUAGAGGUCAAUAUAACUGGUGAUAUAGACUAACGUCCUCAACUGGUGCGAUAUACAAUUAUCUGCUCACUGACACCCUUUGGACUGAAAUUUUAAUUGAACAAAACCAUGAUUACUUUUAGGUGUAGGUAGUAGUCAUAGAAGCAGUUCUAGUUUUGAAACUACUGAGUUGUCUAUUUAUGUUCAUUCCUGUCUUCAUUUAUUGCAAGGAAGGAAAAUUUUGUUUUGUUGGUGCUUGGGCAUCAAUAUUGUUUCCAAAUGCAUAUUUGCCUAUUAAAACUCCAAGGCUCUUGGAGUUAUUCUAUUGUUCUUUUUUCAUCUUU